AUGCAACUAAACAACUUCAAUGUAAAUGAUGAAAACGAUAAGUACUCUAAUCAUGAUGAUGGCGAGUAUGAUCCAUCCAUGCAGACCUAUGCUGAUUCUAGAGUCGUCAAGACUGUUCGAAAUCUCAAAAGAAUCAGCAGCGCAACACCCAAAAAGAAUAUCAGUGGCACUCAAUUACCCACAACUGAUGAAGCUACUUUCAUUAAUCAAUAAUUUCAAUAACCGUAAAUAUUCUAACCCUAAUAGAGAGGAACCUCUGGUGGGAGCUAUAAAUCUUCUGUUAAUAAUGGUGCUGACUCAUCCUUUGUCGAUCCAACUAGAGUAGUAAGAGUGAUGUAGCAGUAGCCCAUGAUAAGAAACUCCUAAGCCCCAUAGAUUUUUCAAUCUAACACAGCAACUUAAAACUCUAUGUUGCAACAACAGCAGCAAUAUUCAAUGCUUUAAUAAUCUAAUUAACUUCCUAAAAAAGAUGAAACAGUAGAGGAAAGAAUCCGAAGAAUUAGAAGUAAAAAUGCCCCGAAUCCUCCUCCAUAAGAUGAGAAUAUUUAGAAGCAACACCACAUUAUGAUGCAUCAAUAGACUUAAAUUAUUAACGCUUAAAAAUAAAAUAAUCUUGCUGGCCUUCAACUUUAAAAAAUGAACUCUGCAAUGGGCACUCAAUCUAGCAAAUCUAUUCCAAAUUAUUCACUUCAAUAAAAUGGCCAAGCUCUAAAUCAAACUAGAACUAAUACCAAUAGUAUGGCUGGUAACAAUGGAACAAAUGUUUUUGCUAAUCAAUCUUAAGUUAAUGGCAAGAGUAUGCCUCUGGAUAAUAGCUGGAUUUCUGAAAAUACUAAUAAUUAAAGUUUCAUUAGGAAUGCCUAAUAAUAGUAAUUAAACUCUAAAAAUUCUUAAGUUAAUGGCAAAUUACCCUCCUCUAAAAGCACUACUGCUGAUACAGAUUUGAAUAAUAUAAAUUCAUAACAACAAUUUAUGCUAACGGAGGACCCUUACUUUUAGUAGCAGUAAAUGAAUCAACAAAUGGGACCAAUUAGAGGAGUAAAUCCAGAAAGCAAUAUAAAUCUUUAAAAUGAUUAAAUCCUACUAGACUCAAAGAGAGAUAAAUGCAUCGAAUUAAUGAGAAAUAGCACAGCUGUACAUGAUAUUAUUUAGAAGUUUAAAUCAGAUCCAUAAAUGAGCCAAGUUUAUAACCUUGAUCUUAAUGCCUUAGUCCAAAUAAUGUUUUAAGAUAGACACUUUACUAAUUUGUUGACAAUUGAACUAGCAAAGAAGUAAGGAGCUAAUAAGCUGGAAAAGUUCAUUGCUGAAAAGUUGUAAGAUAAGUUAAAGAGUAUGCACACUGAGAUUUAGAUCAGAAAUAAACUUGAAUCGGUUAAUAGAAGGUUGUAGGAUCGUCUAGAGAGAUUGAAAAGAUAAAUGUAAUGA